UGAGAGUAUUAUCUUUAAAAAGAUACCACAUCACUCAUUUACCUGAUUCAAUUGGAAAAUUGAUACAUCUAAGGUAUCUCAACUUUUCUUACACUAUGAUCAAAAGUUUGCCUGAGUCAACAAGCCAAUUAUUUAACUUGCAAACUUUAUUAUUAAAAGAUUGUUCUUGUCUCGUAAAGUUACCUUCCAACAUGAGAUAUUUAACCAAUCUAUAUCAUCUUGAUAUAAGUGGUCAAAAUUCAUUGGAAGAGAUGCCGUCAAGAAUGAGAGAAUUGAAAAAUCUCCAAAUGUUGUCUAACUUUAUUGUGGGGAAGGAAUCGGGCUCAAAUUUGGAAGAUUUGAAGAGCUUAAGUUUUCUUCAAGGAGAGCUUCACAUUUCCAAAUUAGAGAAUGUGAAUAAUGUAAGGCAAAUAGGUGGGUCCACAUUAAGCAAUAAAAAAUACUUAAAAGUGUUGUCAUUAGAGUGGGGAUCCGAAUUUGAUGGCUCACGAGUAGAGAGUGUAGAAAAUGAUGUGCUUGAAAUGUUGAAACCGCAUAGCAAUCUAGAAAAGCUAACAAUUAGAUUUUAUGGUGGUUUAGAAUUUCCAUCUUGGUUAAGCACUUCAUCAUCGCUCUCUAAAUUGGUGGUCCUUAAAUUAGAAAAUUGUGAAAAAUGCACAAGCUUGCCUUCAGAAAACCUAUUGAGCUCACUUAAAGAGUUAGUCAUCAAAGGGAUGCCAAAACUAGAAAAAAUAAAUAUGCAAAUUCCUUACAAUUCAUUAGAGAUUCUUUGUUUCAAGAAUUUGCAAACAUGUGAGUAUUGGGACACCAAAGGGGAAAAUGAGAACGUUGAAAAUUUCCCAAAACUUCGUAAGCUUUCCAUUACUGAAUGUCCUGAACUUAUCAUAGAAAUGCUUGAUCAUCUUCCCUCAUUGGAAGAACUUCAUAUUGAAAAGUGUGCAAAGUGGACGGUUUCAUAUUCAAGUUUUCCAAAGCUCGCCUAUUUAAGAAUUGAUGAGUGCAAGGAAGUGGUGUGUACUGGUAGAUCUACGGAGUUCAUGUCACCUAAGUCUGAAUCUCUUCCAAACAUUGUAGGAUCUGAAAAUUGGUUGAGUCAAGGUUUCAGUUGUGUUGAGAAGCCACUAAAAUGGAGUCAUAGCCUCACCUCUCUUAAAAGAUUGUGUAUCAGAAAUUGUAGGAUCUCAUUUCUAAACACCAUUUUGCUUCCCAAUUUGAGUGAUCUUGAGAUUAGAAAAUGCGAGGCUCUGAAAUCUUUGCCAAAAAGAUUGAAGCAAAACAACAUAGAAACUCUGACAAUUGAUUGUUGUGAUUCUCUAUUAUUCAUUGCCAGAAACACACUGCCUUCAUCUCUAAAAAGCCUUCGUAUAUGGAAUUGUAAGAAAUUACAACAUUUGGAGGGUAUCAGUUCUACUCUUCUCGAGUACUUGUUAAUUUCCAAUUGCGAGUCUCUCACGUGCCUAUCAUCACGAGCAUUGUUGCCUAAGAUACUCAAAGGUCUUUAUAUUCAUACGUGUCGAAAUCUCACAACAUUAUUAUCAACAAGGUGGUGCGUACAUGAAUCACUUGAGACCCUCCAUAUUGUGAAUUGUCCAAAGCUAAAGUCACUAGAAGGGGCAUUUAACAAUAACCCCUGUCUUCAAGAUGUACGUUUAGUGGGUCUUCAAAAUCUUGAAUCCAAUACAUUGUUCGGCCUACAGAAUCUUACCGGUCUUGAACGAUUCGACAUUGGGGAAGAGGUCGAAAUUAGUAAGAGACUGAUUAGAUGGGGAUUGCACAAUCUCACCUCUCUUAAACAUCUUGCAAUUAAGGGAUUUGAAGAUCCAGAGCUUAUUCUAUCGGAGGACCAGCGAAUGCCCACUUCUCUUGAAUCUUUAGUGAUCUCUAAUUUCGCACCGUUCAAAUCUAUUUCAGAUUUGGGCACACUGACUUCUCUUACAGACUUGAAAAUUGAGGAUUCCCCAAAUCUCAAGUCAAUUCCAGACCUAGGAAGCCUCGUAUCACUUAAAAGCUUCUGGAUAGAGAGUUGCCCAAAGAUCAAAUCAAUUCCAGAUCUGGGAAGCCACACCUCCAUUGAAAAAUUCGGAAUUUGGAGUUGCCCAAAUCUCAAAUCAAUUGCAUGCCUAGGAAGCCUCACUUCUCUUCAAACCUUGAAUAUCAAGGAUUGCCCAAAGCUCAAAUCCUUGCCAAGCCCGCCACCUUCAGUUCUGAAAUUACAGAUCUGGGCAUGUCCAUCACUAAAAAAACAGUGGAGAAGAGGUAAAGGGAAGUAUUGCUCAAUGAUAGCUCACAUCCCUAAUGUUGAAAUAGAUAGAACAUUCAUCUUCAAUUCAAAGGAGGAAGAAAGAGAAUUGAGCUGGCAUAAUUGAAUACAAAGCACGCAGUCAGAUAUCAAGAUAAUCGUCAAGGAGACAAUUACAGUGGUACUUUGUACAGCAAGACCACUAAACCUUGCUUUUAGGAUCACAAUGUAGAGAUUUAAGGAUAAAGCGACCUUUAUAAGCCCAAAGUUGGUGUAAUUCUUAAGCCGUUGUUUUUAGAAAGAGGCAUGGGGCACAGCAUGACCCAGUCCAUCUAGAAAAGGAAGAAAUGAUGAUAGCAAAACCAAGUACUGGACCUUUACAUAUCCUAUAGAAGAGAUGGCCGAAAUAUUUGAUGUUCAUUAAUUGAUACCAAGAAGUGCCAAAAUCUCCAGUAUUACGUCUCUUUAACUUCUGGAGAUUAGAGGAUGUUCAUGUCAAGGUCUUAUCAAAUGUCUUAUCAAUGCCUGUCCCCCAAGUGAUUUCACCAAUAACACCAAACUGGAUAGACAUUUGAAGAAUAUCUGAAGAGUGUCAAGGCCAUGAACCACUAGAUUAUUGCUUCACAAACUUGUGGGCUCCAUUCAGUCACCAGGGCUCCGUACAUGAACUUAUUGUCAUCAUAUGAGGAAUGUGAAGCCUGAUAAAUUGCAGUGGCAGGGUAGCAGUGUAUACAGUGGAAUCAAGACAGUUUCUUCAACCAGAGAAAACUAAUUCGUUAAGAAAAUUGGUGAAAAGUGAGUGUUGUUGUAAAUUCUUGUUAAAUAAUAAGAGCCAAAGACUACAGAAGAAAGUUUCAUCUUUUGGGAUUUUUGUGUGUAAAGUGGGAGAGACUUAAAAGAAAUUUAAAGGAGAAAGAAACCAAUGAAUCAUCUGAUUCUGGAAAAUCAUCUCAUCAUUCAAGGUAACUGAAGAAAAGAAAAAACUUUGGAUUUGGACAAAAUUCUAAUUUCUGGAGUUCUUAAUACAAGGCAAGAACAUUUAGAGGCAAGUGUCAACAAGGUGCUCAUGUUAGAGGUUCUUCAGGUGAAUCCUAAGAAUGUCAAGAUGAAAUCAACACAACUUCAAGGGAGUGAUAUGUCACCUUGGAUGAAAGACUUGAACAAAAUGUCCAGCUUAUGUCAUUUCUGCAACUGAUCCGCGUUUAAGGAAUGGAAUGAAAGCUUGUGAUCAAUCAGUUUCUGGUGGUGAUCUAGUUGCAGGGUUGGAAAAUUAAGUUAACUAAAACCAGCAUGGCUAGAGAUUGGAGAAAAUCUGAAAAGGGUUAAAGUCACAAACCACUGGAUCAUUGCUUCACAAACUUGGGCCUCAACGUGUCACCAUGACACCAUGAAUUUGUUGAGAUGAUAAGUGGAAUGUGAAGCCUGAAGAAUUUGUAGUGGCAGGAUAGCAAUGUAGGCAAAGGAAUUGAGACAGUUUCUUCCUCCAAAGCAAAUUAAUGUUUUCACCAUCGCUAGUUUUUUGGAUUAUGUAUAGGCUGGUGAGUGAUGUUACAAUAUCGUAUGGGUAAAGAGAGAGUAUUGUCAGUUAUGAGGACUUCACUUUUCGGGAUCUGUGUGCAUAAAGUGGUAGUGUUAAAGAAAGCAUGAGAUUGGUGUAUGAGGGUUUUGGGUUCGGGUUUGUGUUUAACGUGAGUUUAUUAGAUUUAUCCUAUUAUUUUCUAAUUCAGUCAUUUGACUCAUAUCCUAUGGAUAUAAGCAUGAUUUUGUUGAAUCACAUAAAUUUGAUGUUCUUGUAUGUGUGAUUGUCCUAUUACCCUC